UUAAGUCUGGCACCGGGAGAGGUUGCCGGACGGAACGGAGGGUGGGGUGCUGCCGCUCGACCGACCGACCGACCGCCGAUGAAGGCCAACCUGGAGCCCGACUGAGUCGGCCCUGAGGCCUCCGACAGCCGCGGAAGAUGGUGAAGAUUUUCGUGGGCAACCUGCCGGGCUCGUGCCCGGCGGCCGACCUGCGCGCCCUGUUCGAGGCCUACGGCCUGGUGAACGAGUGCGACGUGCUGGGCGGCUACGCGUUCGUGCACAUGGAGAAGGAGGCGGAGGCCAAGCGCGCCAUCUUGGAGCUGCGGGGCCGCCCGGUGCGGGGCUCGCCGCUGACGGUGGAGCUGGCGACGGCGCGCCUGCGGAACGCCACCAAGCUGUACGUGGGCAACGUGGCGGAGGCGGCCAGCACCCGGGAGCUGCAGGCGCUGUUCGAGCGGCACGGCCGCGUGGUCGAGUGCGACAUCGUCAAGAACUACGCCUUCGUGCACAUGGAGAAGGAGCGGCAGGCGCUGGACGCCAUCCGCGCCCUCAGCGGCACCGAGCUGGCCGGCCAGCGCAUCUACGUGCAGCUCUCCAAGUCCAACCCGGUGCGGGGCCCCCCCGCGGCGCCCGGCCUCCCUCCCGCCGCCGCCGCCGCCUUCCUGCCCCCCGGCGAGGCGGGCACCCCCUUCCUGUUGCCCCCGGGCUUCCCCAGUGGUGGUGGUGGUGGCCGCCGCCUGCCCUUCCCCCCGCCGCCCCCCCACCACCACCCCUUCGCCCCCCGCUACUACCGCUACGACCCGUACGGCCGCCGCCUGCUGCCCCCUCCCUUGCCCCCGCUGCCCCCCCUCCCGCCGCCCUACGCCCGGGACCCCCGCCGCGGGCUGCCCCCUCCGCCCCCGCCCCCCCCCUCCUCCCCCCAUGCCCCCUCCGCCUCCCCCUCCUUACCUGCGGGGUGCCCACCUCCGGUGCGGCCAGGACGGUGCCCACCUCAGCAACGGUUACAGCAGCAAAAUUUGGGGCUACUGAGUGUUGUGUUUGUGGGGGUGGCGGUGGUGGUAGGGUAAGGGCGUGCAUAGGGAAGGGGUGACCCAGGGUAAGUGUGCCCUACAACCUGGGAGGGUACUGAAGGGGUAACGGGCACCACCGGCGUUCCCUAUUGCAUCCACCUCCGCCCUCCCAUUUACAAGAUGAGCUGCUACAGCCCAGAGUGGGGGGUGUCUACACCCCUCUCUGGAGUGUUGCUGGCCUACACUUGUCAGGGCUAACAGGGGAAGUCAAGUUCAACACGAGUUUUGUGACAGACAGAGUUUUGGCUGUAUCCAGCCAAGCCUGUGGUUGAGCAAUCCACGACACGAAAGACCUCAAGUUUUGUGUUUUGGCAGUGCGUGUUGGAUCAUUCCGAGUGCACUCCUACUUGAGAGUGACCCAUUUUAAGCCAACGGGACUUCAAGCUUUGAGCCUUUUGGAUUAUCCAGCACCUUGGGUAGUUCCCUCUUGGUGUGUCUCCAUUGCAAUUGGCUAUCCUGCAAAUGAGCCGCCUUUUCUCUGACAUUAUGUAUUGUGAAAUUUGACAUUCUUGUGUGUUCUGAUGAGUGUUUUGUUUCAAUACUAGCAUGAGCCGCUCCCCUCUUUCCUCAGCUGCCACCAUCAAUGCCCUCUGUUGGUCAGCUUUGAAUGCUGUGGGUAAAGUUAUCCCCAUUCUUGUGUUUUUAAAAGGGGUGGAUCCUUGCAUUAACCAUAGCAUUUGACCUAGCACUUAAGUGUGCAAAGCAAGCCAGAGUGCUUCUUUGAACAAUUAAUCCUCUUUAUCUCUCUUUUUUUGUUUCAAGAGGUGCUGCAAUUGCGGACGGGCAACAGAAGACUUGAGCCGUGGAAGUUUGACUUUUCAUCACAAGCCCACCCCCUUGCCCCCUCCCUUGGUGAUGGUGCACAUCUUUCAGCUUAGGGCGUUGGGAGUGGGGGGGCAAGGCGGGCAGGCCGGCAGUGGGGUGUUAGUGAAACACAGUUGCGAUGUAGCUGGGUUGCCCGGAGCUCUUGUCAGUUUGCAGCACUCCCUUGUUUUGCACCUGUCUCUGGUUUGUGUUCCUCUGCUCCUUUCUGCUUUCCCCAAAUCCAGCUCACCGGGGGUUGACCGAAACAGUCCGCACUCGGGUCGGCAUUAGUAAUCGAAGCCUCGUCCGUGUAAAGUUAACCGGGUUUGGACUGGCAUCGGAGGGGGUGAAACUGUGACCGAACCUACAUUGGCCGCCGAAUGGCUUUUCCGUCUUUAAAAGGACCGCCGCUGUAGAUUUGCUUUGCCCGUGGCGUGUGAACUGUAUCUUGUUGCUUUGUUUAUCGCAGUGGGUCGGGGGGUGGGUGGGUGGGAGAGAAACGGGCGCCGCUCAAUUUGAUGUGUAGAUUAUUGGAGAGCAAACCAUUUUGUAAAGUGCCGACAAGUUGUAAUAGCAUUUGCUUUUAUUCAGACAUCACGUUUUUUUUUUAAAAAUCGGCUAGUGUACGAAGACGGUGUAGAAACCAAUGUAAUCGCCUCUGUACUUGUCGUUUCCUAUUCGACCUUGUGUGAAUAAAACUUGUGACGGCU